UCCCCGAGCUCCCCCGGGCCGCCAGGGGGCGCUGUGGGCGCCGCCCGCUCCCGGCGUCCCCUCGCGCCUCCCGCCCUCCCCUGCGCUCUCUCUCUCUGCGCGGCCGCCGCCGACAUGGGACGCGUGCGGACGAAGACGGUGAAGAAGGCGGCGCGGGUGAUCAUCGAGAAGUACUACACGCGGCUGGGCAACGACUUCCACACCAACAAGCGGGUGUGCGAGGAGAUCGCCAUCAUCCCCAGCAAGAAGCUGCGCAACAAGAUCGCGGGGUAUGUCACCCACCUGAUGAAGCGGAUCCAGAGGGGACCCGUCAGAGGCAUCUCCAUCAAACUCCAGGAGGAGGAGAGGGAGAGGAGGGACAACUACGUCCCAGAGGUCUCUGCCCUCGAUCAGGAGAUCAUCGAAGUGGACCCAGACACCAAGGAAAUGCUGAAGCUUCUGGACUUCGGCAGCCUGUCCAACCUGCAGGUCACACAGCCCACGGUGGGGAUGAACUUCAAAACACCCCGAGGAGCUCUCUGAGGCGGUCGCUCUUAUGUCACUUUUCCAAUAAACGUGGGAAACCAA